AUGAGUCGUCAACGAGCUCUUCACGACCGAAUAAUUACUAUUCAAGAAGAUACAAGAGGAUUUAUACGAAAUAAUUUCAAUCAACAAUUUAUUAUUUGGCCCUGUAAAUAUGAUCCACAAGCAAUACUACUUCUUAUACUUGAUCAAGCACUUGCUUAUGUCCGAAAACAAGAUAGAGUGGAUGAUACAGAUGCAAAUGUUCUUGCAAUGUUUACAAAAACACUUGCUAUUAUUGAUUGUAUAUCAACAUUGAUUACAAUUCGACCGGAAUAUUAUGAUAGAUUUAAUGGAAUUUUAUUAAGAAUUAUUUAUCUUUUACCAGGUUUAUGCAAAAUGAAUGUUAUUCCAUCUCAUGUUUUAAUACAAGCAUUUCAAACAAUGAAACAUGCUCAGAACUUGACAAUUUUAUUUCUUGAUUCGAGUUUAUUUCCAUCAUUUGUUGAUAAAAAUACAAUUGUAUCGAAUGAACUUGAUCCGACAGCUCGAUUACCUGAACUUGAUAGUGCAUUUUGGGGUCGAUUAGAAAUAAUGUGUAGUGAAAAUCAAUAUGCCGAUGAAUGGAUUCCAGUAUUUAUUACAUUACUCGAAGUCACACGAGACACUGUUCGUAUUAGUGAAACAACUGAUAGUUUUCGAGCAAUUAUUUUUCAUUUACUUUUUUCCACAUUACCAAAAUCCAUAAAGAUAAAACGAUGGUUACCAAUACGUGAACAAUGUUUAAAAUUAAUAUGGACUGUUAUUAUUCGUUGUUUACCAUCAUCAUCAGUAAAAGUAUCAACAGAUGAUGAACAAAACAAAUCACCGAUUUUUAUCUUUGGUUGGCUACAACAUCCAUCUGUUAGUCAAACCUUACUUCAAUGUGCUAGACCAUCAGAUACUGAUACUACAUUAUCUGAUCCGGCAAAUCGAAUUCUAUAUCAAUCAUGUUUACAAAAUUCUAUGUCAAUUAUUUCAUCUAUAAUUGAUUAUCAAGUAGAAAAUUUUAAACAAAAUAUGAAUACACCAAAUAAUCCAUUUGCAUCGAAAUUAUUAAUUAAAGUUUGCAUUGAUUUCUUAUUACAAUAUAUUAAUGAUAUAAAAGCACCAAUUUGUCUACGAUGUUUAACAAGUUUAGCUAAAAUUACACCUGGACUCUCAAUUUUAUUAGAAACAAAUAUUGAACGAUUUCGAACAUUUAUUAUAGAAAGCAUAAAAGAUAGAACGGUAAAAUCAUUAUCAUUAGCUUAA